AAAGUUCAAACAAAAAUGGCUGCCUGACCAUCGAUAGCGGCUUGCUGUCAAAAUACCAAUUUCAACCUAACGCGUAUGCUUUAUUUUAAUGUAGAUAAUUUUCCAUGUUAAGUUUUAAUUAAUAACUAGGUGAAAUAGAUAUUUCAUUUCAAAUGACUCCAAUACUCCAUAUCAAAGGUCAUUUACACCUUUGCCUCUAGUGCUUCGUGUCCUGGUGAGGCACCACUUACCUUCGUUAUUCGGUGUUUACAACUCGAAUUAGAAUGAGUGACGACGGCAGCGAGGAUUCGGCACCGCGCCCCAAGCGCAAGAUCAAGCGGGUGGUGGUAAUGUCGUCCAACUCUAGCUCCGACAGCGACGAGUGCAUCGCUCCCACGGGGACACGUAGAAAGCGAAUGAGGGUGGUUAGCGAUGCCGAGACUGACACUAGCGGGAGUUCUGUUGUGUGUGCGGGAGCGCGACGCAAACGAACGCUGCCGAAGCUUCGGGAUUCUGACGGGGACAGUGACACCUCUGGAUGGGCCACAGACCAAUCCGACACCCCUAAGCCUGCUCCCGGUCCCUCAAGGCCCGCCUCUGGCUUUGCAUCUGACAGUUCUGAAGGAAACUCAGAUAAAUGCUCUAUCUGCCUGAUGCGUUUCACUUCUCAGGAGGUGGGCACACCACAAAACUGUGAACACAUUUUCUGCUUGGACUGCAUCACAGAAUGGUCAAAAAAUGUAAACACAUGUCCUGUGGACAGACUUACAUUUGAUUCUAUUGUUGUACGGGCUUGUGCUGGUGGCAGAGUACUGCGCACUGAGCCUGUGACGGUCGUAGAACGCAGACCAUCAGUAGAAAUGCUCGUUAUAGAGGAUCCUACUACAUGUGAGAUCUGUGGAAAUGCAGAAAAUGAAGAAAGUAUGCUGCUUUGUGAUGGAUGUGACCUUGGUUUUCACAUGCAGUGCCUUACUCCUCCUUUAACAGAGAUUCCAGCAGAACAGUGGCUCUGUCCUAAUUGUGACAGUAUUUUAGAUGUCAUUCAGUUGUCUGAGAUUGAGGGUUUAUUCUCUGGAUUGGAGGAUAUUGAUAUGCCCAUGCCUCUCCUACCCCGAUUCAGAGAACCCAGACAUAUAAGAGGCUCAUCCCGAAACAUCGUAUCGGAUGAACCGUCUACCUCAUCGGGUCGCAGAGGCAGUUCCUCCAAUGUAGAUUCAGGUCCAUCAACGUCACGGGGCACCCGAAUCAGCAGAAGAGGCAACACCAGCGCGGGCACAACAAGAAGGCGUACCAACGGACCUCAAAGAAGAAAGUACAAGAGACGAAGAACCAAAGCGGUCAUAAUCGAAUAUGAGGUGGAGGAAAAUGGCAAAAUUCCAAUCACAAAAAGAGUUAAAAGAAGAAUAAAAAAACCAAGAUCUAAAAAGCGGCAGCCCCGCACCGUGGCGCGGCGCUCGCACGUGCGCGCCAGCGUGCGCGCGCGCUUGGCCGACCUGCGCGGCGCGGCCGGCGAGGAGCGCGCGCUGCCGGCCGGCCUGCAGGCGCUGGCCGCGCGCCGCCGCGCCGCCGCCAUCCCCGCGCUCAGCCUGUUCGGCGCGCGCCACCAGCUCGACUGCUUCGACGACGACGACGACGCCGGCGCCUCCGAGGCCGCCUCCACGGCCGUGGCCGUCCGCCCGACCGCCGGCGUCUUCAGCGCCUACAGACAGGCGAGGAGAAAGAUGGUCUCGGUGCCGUCGCCCCCGCACGCGUCGUCGGCGCCCGAUUUGCUCUCGAGCAUAUUGGACAGUCAGGCGAAGCUGCACUCCAGGAACUCGGUGGUGUCGAUUUCGGUGGACGGGAGCGUCAGCAUCGAGGUGCGGACCGUCAAAAAGGACGGACCCCCCGUCGGAAAGGGCGACGGGAGACUCGAUCUGACGAAAGGGGACGAGGGGGCGGCUCGGAAGGCGCCCUCGUACCCGGGGCAGUCGCGCGGCGGCUGGGGCGGCGGCUACCGCGGCGACUACCACCGCGAGCAGGCCGGCGGCUUCGGCCGCGCCGGCGCCCCCCGGCCCGACAACGGCUACGGCGCCGGCGCCCAGGGCGGCCACGGCUACCGGCGCGGCCCGCAGGACGGCGAGGGCCACGGGGGCUUCGCGCGCCGCCCCCACUCCUACCCGCAGGCGGACGACAACGGCUUCGACCGGAACAGGCGUCCGCCGCCGGGGGACGCGAACCGACAGCAGAACUUCCCGCAGAACCAGAGGCACGACGAGCGGCGCCCCGGCCGCCACAGCCUGGGCCCGUCGUGGCAGCCCUACGGCGGGGCCGGCCCGCGCCGCGACGCCGCGCCCGCGCGCCUCUCCUGCGACGACCCGCUCGACAUGCGCGUGCAGCCCCCCUGCCCCCGCGCCCCGCCCUACCGGCCGCUGCCCGAGCCGCCCGUCUUCGAGUUCGACAAAACUCCCGACGUGGAGAAAUCGGAGGACGAGAGGAGCGAUUCGGGUCUCGUGAUAGACACCGAGAAGUACGACCCCACCGAGCCGACCAACGACGACGACAGCGGCGACGACCCCGCGCCCGCCGCCCAGGCCCCCGCGGCCCCCGGCCCGGCGCCCGCGCUGGACGCCAGCGUGCUGGACGUGUGCGUGCGGCAGGUGCUGCGCGAGCACAGCUCGCUGCUGGCGCCGGCGGCCGCGCGCAGCGACGACGACUCGGACGGCGACUGCCCCAACUUCUCCAUCUACUCCGCCGCCAGCGUGCACAUCGCCAACGACGCCGGCGCGCGCCCGCCCGCCGCGCCCGCGCCCGCGCCGCCCGACGACAUGGCCGACCUGGUGCAGGAGGACGACGAGCCCGCUCCACCCGCCGCGCCCGCCGCGCCCGCGCGCCCGCCCGCCCCGCCCGCCGACAUGAGGAAGACGCGCGAGGAGCUCAAGGAGAAGGUGUCCAAGAGGUGCCCGAUAACCACGAAUCCGAGGAACCCGAUCAAGAUCAAGCUGAACACGCCGUCGCUCAUCCGGAGACACAUGAGCCUGUACGACGACGCCGACGAGGAGGAGGAGGAGCCGGAGGACGAGGCCGAGCCCGCCGACCGCGCCGCGCCCGCGCAGGAGCCGCGCGCCCCCGCGGGCCGCGCCGCCGACGACGCGCCCGGCGAGCGCGGGCUCGAGGCGCGCGACCGCGUCGAGCCCGACGAGGACGAGGAGACGACGAAAGAAGACGAGAUUAAAAAUGCGCAAUCGCCCGAGGAGAACGUUUCGACCGACGAGCCGGCGCCCGUCGCCGCCUCCGAGAGCAAGUCCGCCGCCGAGAGCGAGUCCGCCUCCGAGGGAGAGGACGACGACGACGACGAUAAAGACGGCGCGAGGACGUCCCCGGUCCCGAACGCCCGGGAGGCGAGCGACGAGGAGAAGGACGAGCGGGACGCCGGGAAGGAGCCCGAGCCGGACGACGCCGGCGGCUCCGACGCGGCCGAGAAGCCGGACGACGACGCGCUCAGCGACGACGCCCGCGACGCGUCCGACGCCGGCUCCCCGCCCCGCGCGCGCGCGCCCGGCGCCGCCGUCGAGAAGAUGACCGAGUCCAUCAGCGAGACCGAGGACGAGCGCAGCUACACGCCCUGCCUCGACGAGAACAAGUCCAAGGACGCCUCGCUCGAGCCCGAGCGCGACCGCGGGCUCGACGGGCUCGACACCGAGAUGAUCUCCGAGGACGAGGGCAACGAGCUGUUCGGCGACGACGCGCCCGCCGCGCCCGAGGACGGCGAGAUCCCGCCCGCCGCCGAGCCCGCCAGGAAGAAGAAGCGCAAGGACUCCAAGCGCGACUCCAGGAAGGAGGGCAAGGAGAAGGGCAAGAAGUCCAAGAAGAGCGACGUCGCGUUCAAGAAGCUCAGCAAGAGCGGCAAGGAGCGCCACUACCGCGACAAGGACAAGGACGAGCGCCGCCGCGACUCCAGCGCCGAGCGCAAGCGCAAGCGCAAGGAGAAGCGCAAGGACCUCGAGCGCUACGACGUGCGCACCGUCGUCACCGACAAGCGCCGCCGCGCCAAGGACGCCUUCGGCCGCGACGUGUCGCCGCGCCGCUCGCGCUCGCCCACGCCGCGCUCGCGCACGCCCGAGCCGCGCCGCACGCCCGAGCCGCGCCGCCGCAGUCCCGAGCCGCGACGCCGCAGGCUGGCGCUCGCGCUGCAAGGGCAGGAGAUAGACGCGUCGAGCGCGCUGCACGCAGCCCUGGCGAGAGACCCCGACAACGUGGUAGCAUUGGCUUUGUUGGAUGCUAUAGUCGACACGCUCUCUACAGAAAACUUAGAGGACGAGAUCCAGCAGUUCCCGUUCCCAGCCGUGAACAUCUCGCUGCCCGCGCCCGCCACGCCCGCGCCCGCGCCCGCAGACGCCACCAACACAUCCGAUAUGAAGCGCGAAGCGAUAUUAAUGAAUCCGUCGAAUCCGCAGCAACGGCCGGCGGGCGGCGCGUCGGAGGCGGGGACGGCGGGGUCGGAGGCGCGCGGGCCCAGCACGCCGCCCGAGGCGCCCAGCUCGCCCGACGCCUACGACCCCUUCGAGCCCACGCGCUCCGCCUCGGGCUCGCCGGCGCGCGAGCCGCCGCCCGAGCCGCCGCGCGCCACCAUGACGCUGGAGGCGGCGCAGAAGACCAACCUGUCCGCCGACGACGUCCUCGACCGCCGCCCGCUGUCGCCCAUGGAGAAGGUCAUGGCGCUGCUGCAGUCCACGCGCGACGUGUCGCCCGAGCCGCCGCCCGAGGCGCGCGCCGAGCCGCCGCCCGCGCCCGCGCCCGCGCCGCCGCGCAUCGUGCUGCCCGACGCGCCGCCCAAGCUGUUCCUGGCCAAGCCCUCGCCCAUCAAGAGCGACCCGAUCAAGCCGAUGCAGGCGCGGCCGGUGCGGCGCGCGGAGUCGGAGGCGGGCGGCUCGUCGCCGUACUCGCCGGGCUCGUCGGACUUCGGCGAGCUGUUCGAGCCGCCGCGGCGCCGCGACGCCUUCGACGCGCUGGCCGAGCGGCCCCGCGCGCGCGCGCACCCCGCCAAGGUGCCCGUCAAGCUCAACAAGAAGAAAGGAAAAACGCAAGUGGGCGUGAAGAUCGACGAGGACAACCUCAAGAUCCUGGACGACCUGCCCAGCUCCGCCGUCGAGAUGCAAGUCAAGAGCAAGUUCCUGAAGAAGCUGAACCGGCAGGAGCGCGUGGUGGAGGAGGUGAAGCUGGUGCUGAAGCCGCACUACAACAAGAAGCGCGUCACCAAGGACCAGUACAAGGACAUCCUGCGCCGCGCCGUGCCCAAGAUCUGUCACAACAAGUCGGGCGAGAUCAACCCGACCAAGAUCCAGGCGCUGGUGGAGGCGUACGUGAAGAAGUUCCGGAAAAAGAACAAGCUCGGCCUGGCGUAGCCCGCCCCGUGCGCUUCAGAGGAUUAUUGUAAUUAUAAUUUAUGUACUGACGAUGUAUUUUACUUAAAUCGUUUUAUUUAAAUGAAUUAUAUAGAAUAAAUCAUGAAUUAGUUCAUUGGCAGUUCAAAUUUUGGAGGACCUUUUCCCCGUUCUAAAUUAUUAAAGUGACGUUGUGUCACGAAGAUGAUAAGUGUCGUCGAAUAAGAAGUGUAAAGUCUAUGCUGUUCCAUAGUUCAUUUAGCAAUAAUAAAUAAGUUAACAUUAUUUUUAA